AGGAGAUAGCUUCCGAGACGUAGCCAGAGAAAAAAACCAACCGUCCAACAUGGAUGCGGCGGCGAUCAGCGGCGGCCGGAGGCGGCUGACGAGGCUGCGCACGCUCGGGCGGGGGGCGUCCGGGGCCGUCGUGUCGCUGUUCGCGGCCGGGGAGGACGAGCUCCUCGCGGUGAAGUCGGUGGCGGGGCCGGCCGGGGCGGCGCAGCUGAGGCGGGAGGGGGGCAUCCUCGCCUCGCUCUGCUCGCCGCACGUGCUCCCCUGUUUUGGGUUCGGCGCCGUCGCCGGCGGGGAGUACCGGCUGCUUCUUGAGUUCGCCCCCGGCGGCUCGCUCGCCGACGAGGUCGCGAGGAAUGGGGGCCGCCUGGAGGAAGGUGGCGUCCGGGGUUUCGCGGCGGAUGUUGCCAGGGGGCUCGCGUACCUCCAUGGGGUGGGCAUGGUGCAUGGGGAUGUGAAGGGGAGGAACGUGGUGAUCGGCGCCGACGGGCGGGCCAAGCUCGCGGACUUCGGGUGCGCGAGGCGCGCCGAUUCGGCGGGGCCGAUCGGGGGCACGCCGGCGUUCAUGGCGCCGGAGGUGGCGCGCGGGGAGGAGCAGGGGCCGGCGGCCGAUGUCUGGGCGCUGGGGUGCACCGUCAUCGAGAUGGCCACCGGCCGCGCGCCGUGGAGCGACAUGGACGACGUGGUCGCGGCGGUGCGCCUGAUCGGGUACACCGACGCCGUGCCGGAGGCCCCGGAGUGGCUGUCGCCUGAGGGGAAGGACUUCCUGGGCAAGUGCUUCAGGCGGCGCGCCGGCGAUCGGUGGACAGCCGCGCAGCUGCUGGAGCAUCCGUUUCUGGCGUUCGCCGGAUGUGGCGGCGUCGAGGCGGAGGAGACGAAGCCCAAGUGGGUGUCUCCCAAGAGCACGCUGGAUGCCGCAUUCUGGGAAUCGGAGUCAGAGUCGGACGCCGACGACGAGGAUGACGACAUGCCGGAGAGCUCAGCCGAGAGGAUCACGGCGCUUGCCGGCCCCUGCUCGGCCUUGCCCGAUUGGGAGUCAGACGACGGCUGGAUCGACGUGAUGAGCACCCAAUCCGAACUUUCCGUCGCGGAGGUUGAAACGCCGGUCGAUCAGACGUACUGCGAAGUUCCUGAGGCGCCGGUGGCUUCGCCGGCCGUGGAGACGACGAGCUACGCAAGUUCUUGGGAUGAAAGUUCAGAGGCACAAAUGGAUGCUGAGUGUUCUGGUGCUGACGUGGACGACGACGACGAGCUCCUGCACAGCGUAGGAGCUGCUGAUGCCUUUGUGGAUGAACAGCUCCAAGAUAUUUAUUUAGAUUUCACUAGUGAUCUUCCGACUGUACUUUGUGUUGAUAUUUCUGAUGAAAGAAAAGUAAAAUCAUUGCCUCCAAUAUCUGAUUGCCUCUGUUCCUCCCCUUUUCACCUUUUCCAUCUUUUUUACGAUCACAUUCACUCAAAAUUCGACACGUCACCAGUGGAAGUCAGCAUGUCAAAUUCUCCAGUUUCAGAGAGUGUUCUGAAGGCACCAAUUCGAAUUCCAGGUCUCUAG